AUGCGCUCCGCUCUGUCUUUGAGGGCGCUGGUCAGACCGUCCUUGUGCGGUCUGUCGGGCAGCAGCCCAACUCCCAGCGUCGUACCCUGCAUCAACCUCUGCUCAUCCCCAUCCUCAUCCGCUUCUGCUUCCGCUUCCGCGUCCGCUUCCGCUUCCCUUUCAAGCGUGCUUCGACAUCGCUCCUUCUCUCAGAGCACCUCUGUGGGAGAAUCUGCGGCGGAUAGUGGGGCAGCGGCAAGGGAAGGGCAGGCUGGACAGAGGGGAGGUAAAGAGGGCAAGAGGGAUCAGCGACUCAAGAGGCAGGCGCGCAAAGGUGCAGAAGAGGAGAAGAGGCAAUCGCAGCUGCAAGAGCGGGAAGAUGUGAGGAGCGGAGGGCAGUGGAUGAGCAAGGUGGAUGGGCAAGUAGACGCAUCUGCAGAUGCAGACGCGGCUGGUAGAGCUUCGGAGGGCGGCGGCGGCGGCGCAUUGGUCAAGUCCAAAUCCAAAUCCAAGUCCAAGUCCAACGUCAUCUCUCCGUUGGAUCUCAGCACUUCCAACUUCCCAUCGCUCUUGUACGCAGCUCAUCCCCUGCUGGAUUCGGGUCACACGACGUCAUACAAGGCGGAUGAGAGGUACUUUGCAUCGGAUCAUCACCUCACUCAUCUUUCCAGUCGAGGCAUCAUUCCAGCUUCUCCCCCAUCUGCCGAGUUUUCGGCAAGAGUGGGCCUUGGACCUAUAGCCAGCGCAUCUUCCGGUUCUGCCGAAGCUCCCGAUUCGCGCGGAAAUAGAGCUUCGCAGCAAUUCUUGGCAAAGGUGACGCCCUUGUCGGUGGAUGAGAUUGGCGGUCUGUUCAGACACGUGCUCGCCAUCGAUCGUGUGGUGCGUCAAACGGGCAAGGGCAAGAUACCCAAGAUGAGGGCUUUGGUCUUGGCUGGCAAUGGCAGAGGAUUGAUAGGCGUUGGAACGGCAAAGGAUGAAACGGCCAAUGUGGCGGCGGACAAGGCUUUUAAGAAUGCCGUGACCAACAUGGAUUAUAUCGAUCGAUUCGAAGGAAGGACUGUACACGCUACGCUGGAGGCUAAAUGGGGAGCCACUCGAGUCACUCUGAGACCCAGACCGCCUGGUGAGUUGUGAAAAUCUCGCUCGUGAUUGGAGAAGGGGAGAGAGAGGGAGGGAGAGCGGGAGAGGGAAGCGCCAAGGCAGACUUGAUGGUAUGCACCUUGCACUACAGGUCCGCGUCACUCACACGCACACACUCUCUGCGUACAUUUCCACCUGCAGGUUUCGGUCUUCGCGUUCCACCUGCCGUGCACGCCUUUGCGCGCUGCGUAGGCAUUUCCGACCUCUCGGCAUCGAUUGAAGGAUCUACAAAUCGACAUGCGACAGUGUAUGCCCUGUUGAACGUGCUUGCAGGUGGACCUGGCAAUCCUAUCGGUAUGGGAGAUGGAUUGGGAGGCCCGGCUCGUAGAAUGGAUAAAGGUGUGGGAAUGAAACCUGUCAAGACGUUGGAGUGGGAGAGGGGAAGGAGAUUCAAGAGCGUACUGCAGUAG